AUGCAAGCAGGAAACGCCUCCGCCCUUCCCCCUACCGACUGCUCCCCUACUCCCGACGCGCUUGAGCGUGUUCUCCUCUCUGACUCUGACGACAUAGGGACGUCGCAACCUUCGCCAGCCGCCGACGUCCCUCCUCUGUAUGACGUCCCCGUCAAGGUUAUCGACAGUCAAUAUCAGGGCACGCUGCUCGCGCUCUCAGCCAACUACCUGGAGAUUGCGUCCAGGCUCUCGACUCUAGGCUGCGUCACGGACGCUGAUGCGCAACUGCUUCGCAAGUACUCGGAUGAUUUCAAGUUGCUCGCAAGGCUGGAUUCCGAACAACCUUCUGGACAACUAUCGGUGGAGUUCCCCUCCUUGGCUUCCUACCACGUCCUCGCGUUUGCCGUACUUCUAUGCUACUCGCCAGGCGUAGUGUAUGACGUGUGGUCGGACGGCGAAGCGUCGAUAGCGUGUGUCUUGAUAUGGUUGAAGAACGUCGCCCAGGUAAUCUACUGGAACGUGAUACCGACGACGCCGCUAUCCCCAGUCGAGAACAUGGACUUCUUCAUGUCAUGCGCCGGCACGUUUGAGAUAUUCGCCCCUUUUAUGAAGUGGCGCGACGGCUGUUACGAGUUCGGCGGUCUCGAGGCUGAUGACUCUGGCGAGUCCUGGCGUUUUCCGCAAUCUCGCCGAAGCGACGAUGGGCAAUCCUCUCACGGUAUCUCGGGUUCGUCUUCGGAUGAGCGGUCGCCUUCACCUUCAAUCGACCACGCGGCGUCACGUUGCGAGAGACUGACCCUCUCGUCGAGCGUUCACGCUCUUCGCUUUGACUCUGACACUGGGUCUUACUCCGUAGAUGCCAAUUUCUACUCAGUCAACAAUAACGUCGUGUCCAUCCGUCUUUCUGACGCUCUCCCGUCGCGGGCGCCUCCCGUCGAGCAAAAUUAUGUCAUUCUCCCGUUGGGCGAUCGGACUCACCUCUCAUGGCGCCAGACUAUUGGCAUGUUCAUCAGCGGUGCUCUCCUCAGUCAGACGAGUGAUGCACCCUCCAACCGCAAGUUAUGGGUUCUCGAGUCAUUUCCACCUGAUUAUGUUCUCGCGCGUCGCACAAGGCGUACUCGCAAGAAGGAUGGCACAGAGAAGAGCCGCACAGACGUUUACCUAUAUGGCGGCAAGUCACGCUUUGCAUCACCUGCAGAGUUCGCAGCGCACGCGAUAUGGCUGAUGCGCGGCGCCAUUGCUGGCGAUUGCGCGUGUAAACACUGCUCAAACGCCUCUCAAGAGACCAUCACCGCCACCUUGGAGGAGCUUCUCAAGUCUGUAUCUAGCUACUCGCGAGGUAGUGGAGGCACCAGGCGUAGGGCUAGCUGGAACGGACAAACGCGGGAGACUGCCGAAGUGAACACGACUGAUGCCCAGGUCAGACGCAGACUCAGUGUCUGA